CUGCAUGUUUACUGCUGUUACAGUGCACUGGCGGCUAAUUAAUGUUCUGCUAACGUUAGCCGCCGAGGCUAAACAAUCCAAAUAGCAUCUUACGUUAGCUUGCUAGCUAAUGCCCAUGCCUGUAGCCAUACAAGCACAGUCUUGGCAGUGCAAACGAUCGUUCAAACGCGGCCUCAGUGUGUGCAUCACCGUGUAUGACAAAGUCUUCAAGCCCUUCAGUGAGCAAAAUGCCCAAAUCAAAGGAAGUGCUGUCCUCCACAUCUGGAAGUGACUCUGACAGUGAAGUAGAGACCAAGGCAAAGAGAAAGAAGUCAAAUCCACCAGAGAAACCAGCCAAGAAACCAAAGAGCGGCGAGAGUUCCAAGCCAGGCGGCUCAUCCAAGGGCAGCGGCAAUGGCGAUGACAACAUGUUCCAGAUUGGAAAGAUGAGGUAUGUCAGCGUCAGGGACUUCAAAGGCAAAGUCCUGAUUGACAUCAGAGAGUACUGGAUGAACCAAGAUGGGGAGAUGAAGCCGGGGAAAAAAGGUAUCUCCCUGAAUCCCGAACAGUGGAACCAACUGAAGGACCAGAUUUCAGAAAUUGAUGAUGCCAUGAAGAGAAUAUAAGCAUUCCUUUCGAUGUGAUCUGUUGAACUUAUUCCUUUUAAGUUAGUUGGCUGAUCAGUUUUGUAAAAAUCCUGGAUUUGUUUUCUAAUGGACUUGUUUAGUUUGUAGUUGUAUAGACCUAGAGUCGUCUGCGUACUCUGGUUUUCGGUGUGAAACUUGUUUUUGAGCUGGUUAAGGAAAGGGAUGGGUGGAUGAGUAGGGGGUGGGUAGAGCGUAUCAAUACCGUGAUGUUUUUUAUUGAAUAAUAAAAAUGAGGCACUAGCUUAAUAUUGUUGUUCACUGUGUAAGUCCAUUGUCACACUAUCUUGAAUUUUAGGACUCUGUUUGAUCUGACCUUUGUAAUACCCAACAUCAGUGCUCUUCAUUUCAGAAAGCCGAUCCAGUCUGUCAUGUUGUACCUGCAGGGGGUUAGAGCCAUGGUGACCCAUGGGUUAGGUUUUGAAAUUAAAUGAUACUAUCAAACAAAUUGUCAAAUGAUAUUAUUGAAAGCAUUGUAUUAGACUUGCAUUACCUGCAACUAAGACUGGGCAAUAAUUCAAUAUGAUAAUUUAACCGUCUUUCAAUGGAAUCAUAUUGCGAUGAAAUCAUAUAUCAAGAUAUUGUGAUAUACAAUGCGUCUAAAUUGAUAAUAAGCCCAUUCUGAUUCAGUUUUCUCAGAAAAUCUGUUGUGAAACAUUUUGGGGGAUUAUUUGAAGAAUUGCAGAUUUGUUUUAACAUGGCAUUAUUGUUGUGCAUGCAUGUAAACAGUCAGUAUAUAGCUGGAAAAAAAAGUUUUCUCUAUAAUUUCACUUGAAACUGUUUACCAUAUUGAUGAUUAUUUGUCUAAAAUCUCAUUGUAAAAAAUAUUUUGUGAAAGCACCAAUUGUCAACCCUAUAAUAUCAUCGAUGUAUUUGGUCAAAAAUAUCAUAUCAUCUGAUUUUCUCCAUAUCGCCCAGCCCUACCACACUUGUCAUAAAGAACAGGAGGCUUGUGUGUCCUUGGUGUGUAAGGCCAAAAGUUCUAGGCCUAUAUACAGUAUGGUGUUUCUCAAACUUUAUCAGACCAAGGACCACUUACCCGAUAAAAAAACCAACUCACGGACCACAGAACUGCCAAAUUAUCCCCCAAAACAAUAGACCAGCCAAAUAAAAUGACACUUCUACAAAUAGCUUACUCACUUAUUGUCUCUGUUGCCAAGAAUGGUGCUGCUGAGGCAUCAGGCAAGCAAUGUCUGUCAGAAGCCAUUGAUCCAUCUUGUCAGUUGACAAUAACAGUAAACUUCAUAUAUCCAUAUAUAUAUCCUUUGAAUGUCACGCUGAGGAUCAUUUGUGACAUAAAUUGGAGGAGUUGUUGCAAAACGGACGGCAUUAUUGUUGAAGUUAAACGACACAGCAGAACAGCCAAUUUAAAUAAUUCGUUUGCAUUCACACAAUAUUGAAAACAGCACAUCUAUGCACCUCACUAGGCUUUGGAGUUGCUGGCAGACAGUUUGAGAAACAGAAUUUUAAAUAAAAACAUUAUUUUACCAAAUCUACUCAUGGACCACCAGGGGUCACUCACUUAAUACUCACCAUAAUAAACACUCAUAGGCCAGGCCUAUGCAUAAGUCUGAA